AACUUCCGUUUCAUAGGUGCCAACACCGCAGAGUUAUAGACCUGAUCUAGACUAGACACGAUUUAUAUAGAUCUAGAUCUAGAUUUAAUAGAUGGAAUUUUAAAAUAUGAUUUAAAUAACACUCAAAUAACAGUUUUUGGUCGAAUAUCUAAAUAUAGGUCUCUUAUUUUUAGAAUGACUAGAUCUAUGGUUGAAUUAACUUUCCAUACUUCGAGAAACUCAGUUCUAGAAAUUCAAGUAGAAAGCGGCAAGCCUUUUCAUUUUCAGCCUUUUGAACUUUUGUCACUUUUGAGGCUUUUCUAAAAGUUUAUUUAAAGUUUAGGACAAAAAUAGAGAGACUCACAGCAGAGUGUAGACUGAAGAUCUAAUAAGUGCAAUUAUUUUGAAUAUAUUUUGAUCUGUACUGACAUUUCCAAUGUACACAAUUUCAUCAAUUUGAUUUAUAAAAAUAGAUUCUAUCUAAACUAGUCACUAGUAGUAGUACUAUAUAUUAGUGAUUAGUGUAUUACUUACUGUAUUAGUAGAUUCUAGAUCUAGAUCAACAUGAUAAUAAUCUAGAGAAUUAAUAUAGUUCUAAUACCAGAACAACCAAACUUGUAAGAUUGUAUCUACCUACUGUAUCUCCUCUGAAAAAGCAGAGAUAGAACUAGAUUAGAUCUCUAUUAUAAUCUUUAUUGAAAAUGGAUGUUCCUUCAGACUUCAGAGCUGAAAAAUCCAGUCAAAAGAGACGAACCAAAGCCCCAAAAAGUGCUAAUCCACCAGCUCAAGCUCCACCCACUAAUUAUAUCAAUGACUUCAACAUCCAGAGCCAACAACCUUUUAUGCCCAAUUUAGGUCAACCAGAUAUGUUUUAUGGUGGUUCAGCCUUUAAUUCAAGUUCUUAUGGGGAUCCAGCUGGUCAAUUUCCUGGACAACAGCUAUUGAAUGACCCUGUUGCCAGUAUGGCCAUGCAGUAUGGACAUACACUUGCAGGGCAAGGAAAAGUUUUGGUUCAGAAAAAUAUUGAGAAUUAUGUUGCCUCUUCCAGAUUAAAAUAUUACUUUGCUGUGGAUACAGCUUAUGUUGGGAAAAAACUGGCUCUCUUGUUUUUUCCUUUCACACAUUCGGACUGGUCUAUACAUUAUAACCAAGAUGAACCAGUACCACCUAGAUAUGAGAUCAAUGCACCUGAUCUCUACAUACCAGUUAUGGCAUUUGUGACCUACAUCUUGGUAGCUGGUAUGGUCCUGGGGACUCAAGGAAGAUUUACUCCUGAACAGUUGGGCACGCAAGCAAGUUCAGCAUUAGUUUGGCUGAUUAUAGAAAUGGUAGCAUUUACUCUAAGUCUUUAUAUUUUAAAUUUGAGUACAGCUCUCAAGUAUUUAGAUAUUGUAGCCUACUGUGGAUAUAAAUUUGUUGGGAUGAAUGUCAGCCUUCUAGCUGGUGUCAUGGCAGGAAACACAACUGUAUAUUAUGGCUGCUUGAUCUGGUUCAGUUUGGCAUUAGUCUUUUUUCUGCUACGUACACUGAAGGUUCAAGUCAUGCCUCAACAAGAUCAUGAUGGUUUCACCAAAGGUGCAAAGAGAAGUCUUUACCUGAUACUGUUAGUGUCUUUAAGUCAGCCUCUCUUGAUGUGGUGGCUCACUAGCUAUGUGAUGAGUUUUAAAUCAGCUGUCUAAGAACAACAACUCUGACUGUACAAAUAAGGAGAUUAUACAAAUAGUUCUAAUCAUGCCACUUGUUCAAUUGAUCAAGAAGUUGAUGAAUCCUAAUGAAAUGCUUAUGCUUCUAGUUAAAUUGAAGAAAUUAUUUUAACAUUUUGUAGAUAAUGAGAAAGUUGAAAAUGUAUAGAUUGAAUGGCUAACAUACAACUGACAACACUACAAUUUGAAGUGCAAAAAAAAACAUAGCUUAAAAUUUGUCACAUAGCGAUAGCACUAAAAUACACUAUUCAAUUUGCUCCCUUUAGAGACUUAUGGAGUGUUUUUGUUUUCUGUGGCCCAUGUGACCAACAUUCAUCCAGCCAACAAGACAAAUUAUUUAAGUGAUACCACCUUUCAGAUUUGUUUAAUAUGGUACCGGGUAUGCAUUAAUUGUGUGUAGACAACACUUAAUCUUCUCACUUGAUGUAAAAGUCAUUUUUUUGUCUAUUAUCAGUACCAGCAGUUUUGUUUUGUACAAGAUACAUAUGCUCUCUUCUUCCUGCUCUACAAAUUGUUGACUAGGAUAAAUUAUCCAUUUUGUAUUUCUCAUGUCUUGCCUUUGCAUACACAUUGAUUCUGUUGAGAUAAAUUAUACUUUUGUAUUUCUCAUGUCCACCUGGUACAUGUAUGUUUACUGAUGUCUGUUGUAUUUAAAUAACAUUUUUUAGACAAGUGAAUGCAUGUUUUACUAAUAUUAAAUGUAUUUUUAUUUUUAAACUAUCAGGUUAUGAAAAUCUAUUGCUUUAUCCUUCAAUUUUAAGAAAUAAAUUGGUCCAAUAUUGAAUUGGUUAUGCUUGCAAGAAAAAAAAGGGCCAAUCAUUCAUAUCAGAUAAUACAUUUGUUCUCUUAAUAUUUUGUUUGUUUUGUUUCGUUGAUUAAAAUGUAAAAAAGUGAA